AUGCACAACCUUGUCCAAUACGGCAUCAAGCAGUGGCUUAAAGCACAUGAAGCAUUGGAUGGAUGGCAGCAAACCUUUCUUACCAAAAUCAGCAAGGAGUUCCCAGCUCCUACCGCAGAGACCUGGGAGACAUGUCAACUACUUUUCCCCCACGCCCAGACCGCAAUAACAGACCUACCAAGAGAAUGCUCGAACGAGUUAUUCACGGAAUGGAUAACCCUCAUCCACAACACUGCGUCAUUUGCCUUCCAACGAGGGGAUAUUUCAGGUGCACAACAGAUGAUGCAAGUUGCAAUGGACGAGCAAAAUAGGAAAUUAAGCGCAAAUGACCCAUCAAUUCUCACCACCAAAGACUUUAUGAGUCAAACUCACUACUCAUCUGGUCACUGGCAAAAGGCGGAAGCCUUGAGCACGGAAGUUCUAGCCGAAAGCAGAGGAAUUCUUGGACAUGAGCACCCCGACACCCUACGCCGACAGGCAAAGUUGAUCAUGCUAUACAUGAAACAAGGUCGAUACCAAGAUGCCGAAGCUGGAUACACCGAGCUUGCGGCAAGCUCGAAGAAAGUCUGGGGAUCUCAGAAUUCAGAUACACUCGAAUGCCUCAGUAAUCUCGCCACGGCACUCGCAAUGCAGGAAAAGUGGAUAACAGCAGAGAUUGCGCUUCGCGAAGCAGUCAAUGGAAGUAUCAACGUUCUCGGCGAGGGGAAUCCAACGACUCUCGAGCGCAUGAAGAGCCUGGUAAAGGUCUUUCUGGCGCUAGGGCGCGCUCGUGCUCGAGAGGCGGAGACACUGCAGAUUCAAGUUGUAGAUAUUUCCAGGGCGGUUUUUGGUCCCGAGCAUGUUAAUACGGUGGAUAGUAUGAAUGAUCUGAUAGAUAUGUUCUUGCGCUCAAACAGAUGGGAAGCGGCCGAGGCCCUGCAGCUGCAUGUACUGGAGGUUCAGAGAAAGCUGCUCGGUGAAGAUCAUCCAACCAUUUUGGCUAGUAUGGACAAUCUUGUUUUCCUUUGUCUCAAGCAAGAGCGGCUGCAUGAUGCUCAGUUCGUGCAGAAAGGCAUCAUAGAUAUCUCGACGAACAAGCUUGGUGCGGAGCAUUAUUUGACGCUGCGGGCUCUGAGCAAAAUGGAUGAUAUACGCAAGGAGAUCACACAUUUCGAGCAAGAAAACGCUCCGGAAGUGCCCGAAAGAUGGUUAUGA